AUGAGUUACGCAGACACUAUUGAGAGCGCGCCCAGCUCGCUUCCAUCAAAUUUGCUGAAGGCCUCUGCGCUCUGGACGUUCAAACUACGCGAGUCAGGAGAUUGUUGUUGUGGAUCUGACGGCUCAAGUCAAUCACCCGGUGGGGGUAAAAGCAAACAUCAAAUUUCAUAUUCGCCGUACAAGGAACCCCCCUUUCAGCCACACGAUCUGAAAAAUAUGGCGCUAAACCGACCUAUGUCACCCCACUUGACUCUCUACGCGCCAACUAAUCCGGCUAUGACUUCUAUAGUCGAACGCAUAACAGGUACAAUAGUGACGUUCUAUGCACUGAUGUUCGCCUGUGGCUCCCUGUUCCUCUCUAAUGGGAUUGAAACUUACGUGUCCAUGAUACAAAGCCUCGAUUUGUCGAGACCACUCAUAUUCCUAAUUAAAAUUUUGCUCGGCGCUCCGUUCACGUUUCACUAUUUAAACGGAAUUAGGUUUUGUUUGUGGAAUGCGGGCAAAUUGUUGCCGAUCAAAGAGGUGUACGAUUCUGCAAAUAAAGUAUUUAUUGGUACUGCGGUGCUGUCGGUGCUAUUUGCGCUGAUAUGA